ACCACUGCUAGACGAGCUCAGUGCUGGUGUGGAGCAGUGAUGGGAUUGAGGCGUACUUUAUUUUCGAGCUGAAAUAUUAGAAAUGCUUCAGUAGAAUGUUAGACAGGAAGCACUGGAAAUUUCCAUAAUGAAAGCACGGAAAAUUGGUUGGACUGAAACUUUGUUCUCCCCCAGGACUGGCAGUAAAGCAGGGAAAGACGCUUUUUUCUUUCAAAUCAUGGAGGGCAAACUGAUUUGAGUUUUUUCGAGACGUCAAAAACUGUUUUGUUAUUCCGAUUUUUGUGCCAAACUGCGAGGUUUUCCGCUGAAUAUCGAGCGCGAUGAAAGACGAGUUCACUGAAGAAGAGGACGUCCAGUCGUUUGGGUACAAGAGGUUUGGUUUUCAGGAGGGAACUCAGUGCACUAAAUGUAAGAGCGAGUGGGCCCUGAAGGCAGCCAUAGGCCUUCUGUACAUUCUCUGCAUCUUUCUCACCAUUGCUGUAGCCAUCCUGGGAUACAAAGUGGUACAGAAAGUGGAUGGUGUUACAAAGGGAAUGCACAACUAUGAGGGCAAAAUCAGUGCUAUGGAGACCGAUGUAAGGAAGAUAGAUGACGAAUCUGGUAUGAAGUUGAAGAACACAUCCAGUGAGCUGCAGAUGUUUCGUUCAGGUUUAAAAGUGUUGCGUCAAAAGCUCGCCGCUGCCUCUGACUCUGUCAACAGGAAUGCUGCUGUUUUGCAGCAGCUCCGAUCAUCAUCACAAGAUGUGCUUUCGCUGCAGGCAUAUUUACACUCGCAGCUAAACGCCCAUGCCGGCUCGCUGCAUUUUGCUAACGCUACACUCUUCUCGGUUGCCGCAAACACACCUGUGCUGCAGCGGGACACUGUGCGGCUUCAGCAAAACCUGCAGACGCACACCAAUGCACAGCGCAUGCUCCAGUUUUCCAUUGACCGUCUCAACUUUACACAAAUGCAGCAGGACGCUAUCACAGCAGCACUGCAGCGCACACUGGAAGUCGCAGACAUGAAUGCGCAGAGUACCUAUAACGAUGUGCUAAAUCUGCGGCGGGAGACGCAGCUAGUGGGCAGCAUAGAGGACUGGAUUAAGGAAAAAACCACGAAUCUGGAAAAAGCUGAAUUUAAUGCAUCCACCCAAGUUCUGGACACUGUGCAUGGAUUGGGGGAGGCAAAUGUGCAGCUAGCUAGCAUCUUAAAUCAAAUUCUCAACAUAAGCAUGCUCAGCGAUGGUAACGCAGCGAACUUGAGAGAGCUACAGGAACAGCAACUGGAUUAUGGCAGCCGAACAAGUGCUCGCUUCGAUAGAAUAGAGGAAAGGCUGGAUACAGCAGAAGAAAACAUUAACAGGGUCACAGGAAAUGUGAGCUAUACCACGUGGAUGCUGGGGGGAGUGAACGGAGAACUCGGUGCUUUAAGGAGCUGCUCGGAGACAGUGGGGCAACAUUCAGAUCUCCUGCUGAAUUUAAACAGGACCCUGGCUGAGACACAGGCAGAUGGGUCUGCUCUGAAGUUGCAGCAGGAUGACCUUUCAGCUCGGCUAGACAAAGAAGUCAGCAGUCUUUCCAUUAUCAUGGAAGAAAUGAAGCUCGUGGACACCAAGCACUCUCAGCUAAUCACCAAUUUUACAGUAUUACAAGGCCCUCCUGGUCCAAGGGGCCCCCGUGGUGAAAAAGGCCUUGCUGGUGAAGUCGGUUCUCCCGGUCAGAAAGGUGAGAGAGGUGAUAAAGGCGAGUCAGGUGCUCCAGGCUCUCAGGGUGAAAAAGGAAGCGCUGGUCCUCCUGGUUUUUCAGGUAUCCCAGGUAUGCAAGGAUCUCGUGGUAGCCCGGGAUCAAAGGGCUCAAGAGGUUCAGGAGGCCGUGCAGGACCACAAGGCACAAAGGGAGAGCCUGGCACACCUGGACUGCCAGGCAAAGAUGGGAUGCCAGGGCCCCUGGGUUCUCAAGGGCCACUGGGAAUACGUGGACCAAUUGGUCCUGUAGGGGAGCCUGGACCUAUGGGAUUACCAGGGCCUAUGGGACCUCCCGGACCACCAGGGUUACCAGGCAAUGUAGCUCCAUAUCCAAUGAUACCUGUCCCACCAGAAGGAGCUUUACCACUAGUUGCUACACACUCUCUGUUAGGUGGAGAUGUCUGCCCUGAUGACUGGGUAUGGUUCCUGAACAGCUGUUACUUCUUCUCUACUCAAACACUGACUUUUGACAAUGCUUUUCAAAAGUGUAAUGGUAUGUCUUCAUCCAUGGUCAUCAUCAACGGUAAUGAAGAGCAGGACUGGUUACUUCUUCACACAGUUGGUAGAGGAUUUUUCUGGUUGGGGUUGACAGAUCGACAAAAGGAGAAUGUUUGGCAGUGGGUGGAUGGCUCAGAGCCUACUUUCACGAAGUGGAGGCCUGGUCAGCCUGAUAACUGGCACCACGGGCAUGAUGAAGGAGAGGACUGUGCAGGCCUCGUUCACGGAGGCAAAUGGAACGACUUUUACUGCGACCAAGAGCUUGGAUUCAUUUGUGAGAAAGCAGCGAACAGCUGAAAUCUGUAGUGUAGCAGAUGUAGUGUGUGUCCCAGAUAAAUGUGGUCAAACAACAUAGCAGCUUGUGUUAGAGAUAGAUGGCAAGUGAAGGUGAUGCAGAGAAGACAAAUAAAGAAAGACCAUAUUGUAGAAGUAGUAAGCUGCAGUGUUUGGGGUAAGGUGGGCUGUUUAAUGUCUGCUCUCCACUGAUAUUAUGUAAUCAAAUCAUUCCUGGACAGUCAGUUUAUAAUCAUCAAGAAGCCAUUACCACUCAGCUUUGAGCUUAACACAUGUAAAGAUGCUCAUUAAUGUUGUAAUGAUGUAAUUUCAUUACUAUAUGGAAAAUAUGUAUAUAAUUUUGAAGUUUUACUAAAAAAAUGUUUUAUAUUGUGAAUACUAACCUGCCAUUUCUUUAUAUAUAUAUAUAUAUAUAUAUAUAUAUAUAUAUAUAUAUAUAUAUAUAUAUAUAUAUAUAUGCGCUUUUUCCCCACACAUACACUACCUACAGUAUAAAUAAAUCAAUAAUAGGAAAAAUAUUUGCCGGCCCCCAAGUUAUUACUGAUGUGUAAUAAAUAAGGAAAGUAAAUUCUACACCAUAA